AGCAUCCUUUCCUUGUGUGAUCUUGGGAAAUCAGAUGGACCUAAGUGAUUUACAGCGUGCCCAUGUGGUAACACGAGCUCACCAAACAUAAUUGCUUUUUUAAUUCUCUGUUCUGCAAGGGGUUGUUUGUUCGGCAUGCACCACAGCGAAGGACCUUUGUGUCAAAACCUCUCAUUAUCUAUCUCUCCGACCCCCAUCCGCGUCCACGUGGCAGCUGGCAGUGUUUGGUAACAGCCCCUGUGGAGUUUCCAAAUAUCUCACUCGAGAGACUAAUUCAUAUUUUCUCAAAUAUUCCACCAACGCAUUGGGGAUUCGAAUUCGAAUUUUCAAAUUGUAUUGGCCCAUGGAUUUUGGUUCCUUUCCUUAAUCAACAGCACCUCCAUUGGUCAGAUUUGGUGAGGGUGGGGUCUCACUUUAGAGCCACUGACGUGUAGAUUUUGGACAGCCGCACAGUCUGUGUCGGAAGCGGAGAAAAGAGUUUUGAGACGAAGAUAAAGGGGGUAAAUAGACAAACGAAGGGUGAGCAGUUGCGAAGUGUUCUCAAUUGAUCCAUUGCGCGCUGCAAACCUUUAUGGAGCCUCUGGAUUGCGCACAAGUGGUGUUCUCUCACAGUCGCAGCUGUAGUUGGUUUUGAGCAGCAGUUGAGCGUUUCAGACAAUAAUCCAGCUUGCUCUCUUUUUUCCGGGCUCAACUUUAUCCGCCGAGAAACAGAGAGAUCGAACGCACCCCAAACCCGAAAGUAUGACCGAAGCUUCCGCGCUCCGGUGAGCGCAUGUCGGACCCGUGAGAGCGUGGACGAGCAUGCAGCGCCAUGGGUUGGUGUGAGCGCGGGGUUCAAACCCUGCUGGCCACCGUGGGGGCUUUUGCUGCCUUCAGCUUGAUGACCAUCGCCAUCGGCACGGACUACUGGCUCUAUUCGCGGGCGUAUAUAUGCAACAGCACCAAUGCCACCACAGACGAGACCCAGUCACAGCUCAAAACCAAGAAGGGCGACCUCACCCACUCUGGGCUGUGGAGAAUCUGCUGCAUUGAAGGAAUCAAUCAAGGCAGCUGUUACCGAAUCAACCAUUUCCCUGAUGACAACGACUACGACACAGACAGCUCUGAAUACUUGCUGCGUAUAGUCCGGGCCUCCAGCGUGUUCCCCAUCCUCAGCACCGUCCUGUUGAUGCUCGGCGGCAUGUGCGUCGGCGUGGGCCGCGUCUACAACAAGACCAACAACGUCCUGCUCAGCGCCGGCAUUCUCUUCGUGGCCGCAGGUCUGAGCAACAUAAUUGGCAUCAUUGUCUACAUCUCCAGCAACGCGGGCGACCCCAGUGACAAGCGGGACGACGACCGGAAGUACACCUACGCCUACGGCUGGUCCUUCUACUUUGGCGCCCUCUCCUUCAUUGUGGCCGAGACGGUCGCCGUCCUCGCCAUCAACAUCUACAUCGAGAAAAACAAGGAGGUCCGCUGGAGGGCGCGGCGCGAGUUCAUCCGCUCGCUCUCCUCCUCCUCCCCCUACUCCAGGAUACCCAGCUUCCGGUACCGCCGGCGGACGUCGCAAGCCAGCUCCCACUCGACGGAGGCGUCGCGGGAGAACUCGCCGGUGGCCGGGCUGAAGGGGCCCCUGGACGAGCUGUCCAUGUACGCCAUGGCGAGGGACGGCGGGGCGGAGAGCGCGUACAGCCCCGAGCACGAGGCGGCCGCCGAGUUCCUCCAGGUCCACAACUGUUUCCCCAAUGACUCGAAGGACGGGCUGAAUCGCAGGACCACGCCGGUGUGAGGGCCGCGGGGCCCCCCCCACGCCCCCAGAGGCGGAGGAAUGCGAUGAGCGCGGGCCGAUCUGCGGGAGCCCGGCUGCACUCGAAGAGGCCCAAUUUUUUGGAGGACACUGGCUUUUUUUGAAAGGGCCUGGAAGGAGGUGAGAGGACGCUCAGCUGGACGCGAGACGAGACGAUUAAACAUAACCUGAGAACCACGUAUCUACUUUUAGGAAAUCAUUCAAAGCAGAUCUUUGUGUGUGCUGGAGCUGAUUCAUAUUCUGUGUGAAAUGGUCACUUAACGUUGUGGGUGGGACAUGUUGGGAUGUGCCAAUCAAUAUUAAUCUACCUGAAAAUAAUUCAACAAGGUGCUAGAUGAAAUGUACUAUUCAACUUCAAAGUGUUCCAUUUGUAUCGAUGUAUAUAAAUUGUCACCCCAAGUCUUUGUUGUCUAUCUUGCCUUAUACUCUAAUCAAAGGUUAAUAAGAGACAACUGUCUCUCUCUCUCUCUCUCUCUCUCUCUCUCUGUAUCUCUGAUGUACGGCCUUUAUAACAAACUCCAUCUAUACAGAGUGUAGUUUAGGGGUCAUUGUCUUCACCAAUGGUUGACCUGCUGAGUUGUGAUGUAUUGAACGUUCAGUGUUUUUGGCGCCGCCUCCUAUUUAUUCUUCUCUGACAUUUGUCAGUUGAGCACUUUUUUUUUCUUCAAUGCCCCACCC